ACCUGCCAACAGGGUUCGGUGCUGAGCGGACAUCAUCAUCCGUUUUUCACUCGAUCGUCGAUUCGGAAAACUGCACGGCGGAGCGACAAACUACAAGAAUUAUUUUUGAAAGUUCCGCGCGCUCACCUUUAUAUGCAAAAUGGAAUUUACUUCACUGAUGACAAAAGGUAAUUAAUGUUCUAGUUAAUUAAAAGUGUUUUAUACUUGUGUUCUGGAUUUAUUGGCGUCAGUAAGAUACCUAUAAAUGUGAAGAAAUAUUAGUGGAAAGAACCUUAAGGCUUUUAUAAAAGAUGAUGAGUCAGAUGAGUUUACAAUCCAUAUAGCGAGGUAUCGACCAGAGGAACUACACAAGCUUGCAUCUAAGACCAAAUUCACCAAGAAGGAAAUUCAGCUUAUGUAUCGAGGAUUUAAACAGGAAUGUCCCACUGGCAUGGUCGAUGAAGAAUCAUUUAAGCACAUAUUUGCCCAGUUUUUCCCUUUAGGCGAUGCAACGAAUUACGCCCAUUAUGUUUUCAACACCAUGAAGCAGAAACAAACCAACAAGAUCAGUUUUGAGGACUUCCUAAAUAUAUUAUCAAAAGUAUCGCGAGGGACAGUACAGGAAAAAUUACAAUGGGUGUUUGGCCUAUACGACUUAAAUGGAGACGGCUCUAUUAGUAAAUCUGAAAUGGUCGAUGUUGUCACUAGUAUUUACGAAAUGCUAGGUCGAGCUACUGAACCAGCAGUAGAGGACAAUUCAGCUAAAGAACACGUAGAAAAAAUUUUUCAUCUUAUAGACACAAACCAAGACGGUGUAAUAUCCAUAGAAGAACUAAUCAACUGGGUAUCAAGAGAUGAAAGGUUUAUCCAGUCCCUGGAAACCUUAGAUACCGUAUUGUGAUCACCUUUAUACCGAAAAUCUCCUUCAUUUCAAUCGUACCAAUUUUGCAAAGUAUUUUACUAUGACUGUUAUAGUUUUAUGUAGUUUUUUAUAGGGUUACUAAGAAAAUUGCAGCCAUGCUUAAAAAUUUAUUAUAUAAGUCCGUUUGUAUGUCAAUAUGAUAGAUGUUAGUUUUCUCUCGAUUUUCAAAGCCUUUCUGCAUGCGUUUCCCGAUGUUGGCUUCAAUUUUAUUAGUAGUUAGAAUCUUCUAUAUACGCUUUAUAAGGAAACCAUUUAAAUACUGUCUUAAGUGUUUAUUGGUUUUCUUGUAAAUGCUUGUUAAAUCCUUUAUAUCGUCUAAAGUGUUACCUGUUAAACUCCUGUUAUUACAUUUAAUAUAGACAUAUGUGAUUUAAAAUGAUUUAACAUAAAUAAAAAUGUACAGGGUCGAAUGCUUACAUUUUUUGUAAGUUAGGAAACAAUGUCAAAAGGAUUAAUCAAGUGAUAUAGUGGCGUACAAAUAAAAGGAAUUGUAAAGGUCCAAAGAGAUUAUUUUCCUUUUUUGACCCUAUUUAGGCUUGAAUAGGGUGAAAUCUGAACAAAAAAUAAAUAGUGUCAAAAAAGCAUUGAAAGUAUAUUAUUGAAAAUGGUAUUGAGGAUUAAAUGAUUGAAUACAAAAUUUAUGCAUAAAAAAUAUUUGUUUUAAAAUUGUUUCCAUACUUGGUCAUCACUUUAUUUAUUUAUUUUCCAAACUUAAAUGCCUCACUAUUUUCCCAUAAAUGUUACCUUACUCCCAAAAACUUACUUUCUAUAGUAAUGAAUGUGUCAAUGUUACAGCUUCUAUAUGUAAAUAGUGAUUGAAACAGUCUUUGUUGGCCCUAAGAGUAAUAAUUAUUUAAGACUACUUUUAUAGCAUGAUUUUAUUAAGUUAAUGAGACAAAUGUACAAGUCUUAGUAUUAUUAGGUUUAGUGAAACUUUAGCUAUUUUUGUUGUAAACUAUACAAUUCAGUGCUAAAUAGAAACAAGAGAAAAAUGUCUUUUAGCCCUGUAAUCUAUUGGUCAGCAUUUCAAAGAAAUUCAUACCUAAUAAGGUGUUUAUUUAUAUAAAAGUUUUAACUUAUUAUAAUAAGUAAACAUAUUCUAAACAAAAUUGAACUUAAGAUACUUUAUGACUUUGGAAAUGUAUAAUUAUUAAGUUUAUUGAUUAAGAUAUUAUUAUAGAAU